UGCCUGUGCGGAUGGGAGCUGCGCGGCCGCCGGUGCUGGUGCGGGAGGCAAGGGCGCUGCGUGCCAGCCAUGGCCCUGGAGCGGCGCGUCCUGAAGGGGCUGCUGCUGCUGGAGACGGCGGGGCUGCUCGGAGCCCUGCUGCUGUACCGCGCCAUGGACCGCAGCCAAGAUUUCAGAUAUACAAUGCAGAAGAGGUUUCCAUCAAUUCUGGAAGCGUAUUACAAAUCCAAUGAGUGGUCUGGAAUUCAUGGCAUAAGGGAGAAUGACCAAGUGACGUGGUUAAGCGGCAAGAACUGAACCCUCUGUAUCUGAACUGUUUCUUCUUUCUGAUGAUGCUUUUCACAUCCCUGUUGUGAAGCCACUUGUCUCGCUCAAUUUCCCACUGGAUCUGUUUGACAUCUGUAAGAAGAAAAGCAAGAAAUGAGGAGCCAACAAAUACCUCUCACCAUGAUGUGAAAGACACGAUUCAGCUGUAAAAGUUAACACUUGGCUUCCACAUUUAUAAACAUUAUUAAAGUGCAAGCUGCCUAUUUUUUUAAACACCAGAGAAAGAUUUGGGUUUUUUUCAUUUCACAGAACACACCCAACCCCCUUGAGUCUGAGACCACUCUUGCCAUCACUUUGUAGUUUAGUAACACUAGGCAUGCUUGUGUUUAAGUGCUGUUAACGUUUUUCAGGUGACACCAAGCAACACUUGGCAAAGCUCUACCAAGGAGUGAUUGCUCAAUCAGCGUAUACACAACUAUUCCUGCAUAGUUUCCCAGUUUCUUUUGCUUCACUGAUACUGCAAAAAUAUACUCUGACAAGAAAAGAUAAAGCCUUAAGCCUUGCCUUCAGAAGUAUCCAUGACAUAUUUUAUCAGAGCAAAAUUCACAUGAAUGCUUGACAAAAAACACACUGCCCAUCCUUAGUCACAGUGUGAAAGUGCCAUAUGGCAGCCUCUUUUUCCUGAAGUCUUAUUCACUCCAGUAGCCACAGUUAAUAUUAGCACUGGGGACCUCUCAUAAGAGAAGAAAUUCGUGUCUUUGUGACAAGCUGCUGUUCCUACUGAGUGAUUUCUGACUAUGUGUGUUUAACUUCAAUUAAAUAAAGUGCAUCUUUUCAAGUACAGACUGAAAAUAAAGUAGUAAAACGGCAUUACA